AUGACAACUCGCCAGUCACUUGCAAACAUGCUGGCAGGGCUCAUCAUCGUCUCCCUCACGUUCACAUCGACGUAUGCCCACCCACCAGCGAAAUCCGUGCCGACGCUGGCCCUCUUCGACAUCAAUAACUCCUGCAUGCUUUCGACAAGCGGCACAUCCGAGGUCGUUUCUCUCGGGCAGCGUAGUCUCUUCACGUCGCGGUUUGAGCCAAAUCCGUCCGUCUCUGUCGCCUCUCUUACGCUCUACGGCGCCGAGAACAGCCACGUGACCCGCACGUUUGAUUUCCUAACUAUUCCCUACUGUGUGGUCAAGUCUGGCACAUACUCAGCGUGCGACCUUCGCGACCACAUCCUAUACCUGAUGUUCCGCUUCCACCACCGCUAUGAAACCAACUUCCAAGCUGAUGUUUGGCAAGACCCCGUGCCUCUCUCGGGCACUGUAAAGGCCUUGGAGGAGUUCAAGGCGCACUUGAAUCGCUCAGAUGUGGUGUACCCAGAAAAUGACGGUACCAUGCGCGUGGAGAGCAGUGCCACGUGUUGCGACAUUACGAACGAGUGCUACCUUUCACGAGCAGCGACAUACACAAAAAGCUACAAAGAAAUCGAUCCUUCUCAGUACACCGCCCGCUUUCUCUUUCGCCUCGGCAAGCAGUACACGAUGAAUAGCCCGUUGCACGUCCGCCUCCGCAGUAGCCUCCCGCAUGAUGCCAGGACAGUUGUGGACGUUGUACUCGUACUGAGCCGACAGCCGUCAUCAAACCCGCUCAACCAUAGGUGGUGGAUCGAGAGUGUAGCGGGUCGAUUGGCGCUUCUUGUGGUGAGUAUUGUGAUAACUUUUGGCUUUCUCACCGUGACGCGGGAGGCUGGGGCGCAGAUGGUCCGCCAGCGUGCAAGCGAAGGCGUGUUAGCGCCAACGCUGCUCUACGACGGAGAAGCUAGUGACGAUCCGUUCGUCUUCUUUCUGCGCGUCGUCAAGGUGGGGGCAAACGCUCUCCAGGGGUAUGCGGCGUAUGUGUGGGCCAAGGCGCAAGCUCUCAUAUGCUUGCGUAGACGCCGCAGUACUCCUGCCGAUGAGCACGCGGCAGAGUUAGAGCGCGAGAUCACCGCCUUGAACUUGUCAACUUUCUCGGAGGAAGAGGACUCGGGGUCCGUGUGCCGUAUCUGCCGGUCUCCAGAGCCGCGUGAAGACCUCUUCGCCCCAUGCGCCUGCAACGGCUCGAGCAAGUUCGUGCAUCACAACUGCCUCGAGCGGUGGCGAGAGAUGACAAGCAAUCCCCAGCACCGUUGCGUUUGUGCGGAGUGCAAGACACCGUACACUUUCGUGCGCGUCGUCGUUCCGCAGAACCCUGAUCUUAUCACUGGUAGCCUCAUCAUCGAGUCAGCCGUUCGGCACGUCGCGGCGAAAUUACUGUGUCUGGCGAUGACUGUGUGCUUCGCCGUCGGUGGGGCGUACUUCCUGAAGGUCGCCUUUUUCGUAACAACGUUGUUCGACACUGGAAUCGACUGGGGUGUUAACCAAGGCUACCACUGGGUUCUUGCCGCAUAUUUUCUGGUUGCAUUGGCUCUCAAUUUGAGCAUCAUGGAACCGUUCGUGCGUGGCAUACAGUUGACUUGGAUGCAGCUGAUGUUUGUGAUGCUGUCGCUCCUGUUUAUUGAAAUCCCCAUUAGCUAUGCAACGUCCGCCCUCCUCAGCCUCACUUUUGAUUAUCUCUUCACGUGGGAGGUCUCGUACGGAAUUGGACUUGCCUCCACGGCGUUGCUGCACCUGAUGGGCACAUUUUCCAAUUUAUCCGAGGUGCUCGAGUCUUUGUCGGAGGAGAGGGAGGUUGUCGCUGCACGAGCCGAGCGUGAGGCAGAGUAA